CCUAUUUAAUCUGGACCUUCUCUUCAUUCCUUUUCUGACACAAUCUGAAUCAUGCACUGUCUCUUCAGUCCUGCUCACUAAAACACAGUGCCGUUUUGGUACUUUAUUUCCUUCUUUCACCAUCAAAUUUGAGAAUUACAGAGCGACACGAUUUCUGGGUUUAUGGAGUUAGAGAAGACUAAGACGGUGUUACCACUUAACGUGGAUUCUACAGAAGAGAAGCACAAAAAUGAGACUGUUAUGACCACAAGAGGAGCUUAUGCUGCCGUUUCUUACAUGGCCAGUGCAGUUCUCUUGAUAAUGUUCAACAAAGCAGCUCUUUCUUCUUACAGUUUCCAAUAUGCAAAUGUCAUUACACUUUUUCAGAUGUUAUGUUCAUGUUUGUUUCUCUAUAUGAUGAGAUGGUCGAAGAUUAUAUCUUUUACAAAUGAUGAAUCGCACAGAAUGACACAUAACCCAAUAAAAUUAGUACCUGUUAAGACAUUGCUACACACUCUUCCUCUGGCACUUUCAUACUUGCUCUACAUGCUGGUGACGAUGGAAUCAGUGCGUGCCAUAAGCGUUCCCAUGUAUACCUCGAUUAGAAGGACUACUGUGGCCUUCACAAUGAUUGCAGAGUAUCUUUUGAUCGGCAAGAAACAUUCGUUACCUGUCGUUGGCAGUGUGGGGAUAAUUAUACUUGGUGCAUUUAUUGCUGGAGCUCGAGACUUGUCAUUUGAUGCGUACGGCUAUACUGUUGUCUUCAUAGCAAAUAUCUGCACGGCCGUAUAUCUUGCUUUAAUUUCUCGAAUUGGUAAAUCUAGUGGUCUUAGUAGCUUCGGUCUUAUGUGGUGCAACGGUUUAAUAUGUGCACCGAUCUUGCUUGUAUGGACGUCGAUCCGUGGUGACCUCAAAGCCACUAUGAACUUCCCUUAUCUAACAUGGCCAGGAUUUCAGGUUGUGAUGUUUCUCUCCUGUGUCAUGGCUUUCUUCAUAAAUUAUUUUGUCUUUUUGAAUACAACACUCAAUUCAGCUCUCACUCAGACAAUCUGUGGAAAUAUGAAGGACUUAUUUACGGUUACACUUGGCUGGCUGCUAUUCGGUGGGCUUCCAUUUGAUCUAUUGAAUAUCGUAGGCCAGUCUCUUGGUUUCUUUGGAUCCUGCUUGUAUGCCUACAGCAAAAUGAAAGGGAAAUAAAAUGUAAAAAGGUGGAGUUAUAUGAUGGACGAAAAUUACACACAAAUAUGGAUGAUUAACAAUUAAAACUUCAGAUGCAUUUUUUUGACUUCAAUAUAACUCCACCUUUUUACAUUUUAUUAGUCGAGCUGCUUUUCAAAUUCUAUUCGAGCAUCAUCCGUGGACUAAACCUAUCACAUUAUGACACGUCAUUAAAAUAAUGG